AUGGCUUCACCUCCAUGCCAGAGGCUCUGGGUGUGGACUCUGCUGGUGCUGACGGCUCAGCUCCCCGCCGCCCUGCACAAGUGCGUCUUUGAUGAGGUUCAGUCCCAAGUCACGGUGGUCACAGGGCCAGCCAUCCGUCCUGACGCCCCACCCAGCCAGAGCACACACAGCGUCCCCACUGGGCAGCAGCACAGCCACUCUCCAGGACGGAGGGCAUCACCUCAGCCACUGUCACAGAGGAGAGGCGCUCCUCCGCAGCCAAUCAGGAUCCAGAUCUGGGUUUCGAGAGAGAGCAGCAACCUAUCACAGGCUGAGAAAGAGAGGCUGGAGCCAGCUGUGGAAGAGGCUGUCGGGGUUGUGUCCUCUUUACUGUCAGUGAGAAGAGUUCCUGGUCCUUUGCUGCUCAGAAGAGACAUCAACAAGUACUGCAAGUUUCUCUGGAAGAACCCCAGCACGGCCAACUACAACAGGUGUGGUAGAGCCAACAGACACUACAGGACUGAGACCUGUCUGGAUGUGACAAUCCCAGACGAUCACCUGGAUGGAUGUGAUGUUUACCCGGAAGCCGAUUCACCUCUAAGGACCGUCCUGCGGCCUGAAGGUGCCGGAGUGCCCGACACCGACUUCCUGCUGUAUCUCCAUGUGCAGAGCACUGACAAGUGUCGCUCCGAGCCAGGUGUGUUGGCCUACGCUGUGCACUGCCAGACGGACACCCAGGGGCGCCCCCUGGCUGGGGUGGUGGUGAUCUGCAGGGACACGCUGACCCGAGAGACGUUCAGCCACCGCAGCACAGUGCAGACGGUGAUCCAUGAGCUGUUUCAUGCACUCGGUUUCUCAAAAGAUCUGUUCAGCACCUGGAGAGACUGCUCCUCCUCUUCUCAAGCAGCUGUGGGCUGCUCUCCUCGGGGCAGAGUGGCCCACACUGAUGGAUCGGGCCAGACGAGGAUCUACACCCAGUCUGUCGUCUCCGCCAUGCAGAGCCACCUGAGGUCCAUCGACCCCGAGCUGGGAGGCCCGCUGGAGAACCUGGAUGCAGGCCCAGGUGGUGUAUCUUCUCACUGGGAGUCCCGGGUCUUGCAGGGCUCCAUCAUGGCGGCGGCGUUGGAGCACCCGGCUUUGGUCCGGAUCGACCCGGUCACCCUGGCUGCCCUGCAGGACACGGGCUGGUACUCUGUCAACCUCAGCCGGGCGCAAAGCCUGGUCUGGGGAGAGGGUGAAGGAGCCACCUUUGGGUCCCUGUCAACUUGUCACAACAACUCCUCAUCCUUUUUCUGCUCUGGCAGUGCUCUUGGGUGUCAUUACCUUCACCUCCACAAGGGGGAGUGCCAGACUGAUCAAUACCUGGAGGGGUGCCGUACUUAUAAGCCCCUUAAGAAUGGAAGUGAGUGUUGGAAAGAGGAGAAUGAGCGGCGGUCGGUGGAAAGAGACUGGAGCGGGGAGAUUUAUGGCCCAAACAGCCGCUGCUUCUUUUCCAACCUGACCAGAAAGGAGUCUUCUCUCUCGCCCAACAGCUCGGUGGAGGGUCGAUGUUACACACACAGAUGUGUCGGACCUAACAGGUACCAGAUCCAGGUGUCUGGCUCUGAGUGGAUGGACUGUCCAGCAGGAGGCGCCAUUCAGGUACAAGGAUACCAGGGUUUAGUCUUGUGCCCUGACAGGAGGUUAUGUCUGUACUCCGACGUCACUCCUCCCUCCGAUUACCUCAGCACGUCUCCUGCCUCCACUACGACAAGUGAUUCCCAUGGGACCUUCACUUCAGCCCCAAGUGUGACCGGCUCACCUGCCAACCUCGCCGCGGUCAUCAGGCUCCCUGCAGAGCUCGCCGUGGCCUCGGUCCUGGGCGUCACCGCUGCCAUGUGUCUACUGGCUGCUGCUGUGGCCUCUUACAGGAAACACCUCUCUCCUCGGGUCAGGGUCCACGCUGCCCCACAGGAUCCUGGCGGCCUGUAG